CAAAUUAAAUUUAUUGAUGAAUAAAUGCAAAACAAAUCGACGGAAAGCAGCGGAACCGCGCUGGUUCCUGGUUCUGACCGCGAGGGGAGGCUCGCGCUCGCCCGGGGUGAUUUUUGGGGCAGAAAGGAGGGAAAAAGGAGCUGCAGGGAGGAGGGAAAGAGGAGCUGCGGGUGGAUUCCAGCCCAGCCGGCCCGGUCCGACCCCGGCCAUGGAGCAGCGCGGCGCCGCCGGGACCCUCCUCGCCUCGGCCUCGUGCCCGCUGUGCCUCGGCCUCUUCCAGGACCCCGUGUCCAUCCACUGCGGCCACAACUUCUGCCGCGGCUGCAUCGAGCGCUGCUGGCGGAGCUCCCGGGACAGCUUCCCGUGCCCGCGCUGCCGGGAGGCGGCCCCGGAGCGCGGCCUGCGGCCCAACGCGGAGCUGGCCGCGCUCAUCCGCGCUGCGCAGGAGCUGAGCCUCCGCGGGGGCGCAGCGGCGGGCGCGGAGCCGCGGUGCCGGCGGCACGGCGAGGCGCUGAAGCUGUUCUGCGAGGAGGAGCGGAGCCCCGUGUGCCGCGUGUGCCGCCGCUCCCCGCGGCACCGGCUGCACGCCGCCGUGCCCAUCGAGGAGGCGGCGCAGGAGCGCAAGGAGAAAUUCCAGGCUCAGGCGCAGAUCCUCAGGGAAAAGAGGGAAGAGAUGCUGGCGAUGAAGGCGGCGGAGGAAGAGAAGAGCUCGGACUUGCUGGCGCGGGUGGCGGCGGAGCGGCAGCGGCUGCGGCGGCGGCUGCGGGAGCUGCGGGAGCGGCUGGCGGGGCAGGAGCGGCUGCUCCUGGCGCGGCUGGCCGGGCUGGAGCGGGACAUCGCGCGGAGAAGGGAGCAGAGCACCGGCCGGCUGGCCGAGCAGAUCGCCGCCGCGGGCCGGCAGAUCCAGGAGCUGGAGGAGAAGUGCCGGCAGCCGCCCUGGGAGCUCCUGCAGGACAGCAGCGACAUCCUCAGCAGGCUGGAGCAGCAGAGUGCCCCCGAGCCCGGGGAGACUCCAGCAGAGCUGGCAGAGGAACCCACGGGGCUGCCCCAGGAAAAAUUCACCCUCAAAGAGAUGCUGAGGAAGUUCCAAGUCAGCCUGACGCUGGAUCCCGACACGGCGCACCCGCGCCUCGCCCUCUCCGAGGACGGCAAGAGCGUGCGCUGGGCCGACGCCCGCCGAGCCGUGCCCGACCACCCCAAACGCUUCGACUCCUCCCGCUGCGUGCUGGGCCGCCAGGCCUUCGCCUCCGGCCGCCACUACUGGGAGGUGCGGGUGGGCCGCGGCGCCGCCUGGGCCGUCGGCGUGGCCCGCGAGUCCGUGGCCAGGAAAGGCCGGCUCAGCGUCAGGCCCGAGCUGGGCGUCUGGGCCGUGGGGCGCUGCGGGGGCCGCUGCCAGGCGCUGGCGUCGCCCGGCGUGCCCAUCGCCCUGCCGCGGGCGCCCGAGGUGGUGGGGGUCUACCUGGACUACGAGGGCGGGCGAGUGGCGUUCGUGGACGCGGGCGGCGAGGCGCCGAUGUUCGCCUACGCGCCGGCGAGCUUUGGGGGGGAGAGGGUGCUGCCCCUGCUGUGCCUGGGGAGGGGGUGCCAAUUCAGGCUGUGCCCCUGAGACCCGCGGCCGGGACCCUCAGGGGCGCUGAGUUUUCCGCCUUGGAGGAUUCGGGUGGGAAAUUCCCUUUUCUCCGUUAUUUCUUUAUAAUUUCUGCAUCGUUUCUGCAUCAUUUUCUCCAUAAUUUCCUCCAUAUUUUCUCCAUAAUUUCUGCAUAAUUUUCUGCAUCACUUUCUCCAUCAUUUCUCCAUAAUUUCCUCCAUAAUUUCUCCAUAAUUUCUCCAUAAUUUCUGCAUCAUUUUCUGCAUAAUUUUCUGCAUCAUUUUCUCCAUAAUUUUCUCCAUAAUUUCCUCCAUCAUUUCUACAUAAUUUCUCCAUCAUUUCUGCAUAAUUUUCUGUAUAAUUUUCUCUAUAAUUUUCUCUAUAAUUUUCUCCAUAAUUUCUCCAUCAUUUCUCCAUCAUUUUCUCCAUAAUUUCCUCCAUCAUUUUCUCCAUAAUUUCUCCAUCAUUUCUCCAUCAUUUUCUCCAUAAUUUUCUGCAUUAUUUUCUGCCUAAUUUCUCCAUAAUUUCCUCCAUCAUUUCUCCAAUAUUUCUCCAUCAUUUCUGCAUCAUUUUCUGCAUCAUUUUCUCCAUGAUUUUCUUCAGAAUUUCUCCAAAAUUUUCUCCAUAAUUUUCUGCAUAUUUUUCUCCAUAAUUUCCUCCAUCAUUUCCUCCAUCAUUUCUACAUAAUUUCUCCAUCAUUUCUGCAUAAUUUUCUGUAUAAUUUCCUGUAUAAUUUUCUCCAUAUUUUCUCCAUAAUUUCUCCAUAAUUUCCUCCAUAAUUUUCUCCAUAAUUUCCUCCAUCAUUUUCUCCAUAAUUUAUCCAUAAUUUCUCCAGCAUUUUGCCAUAAUUUUCUGUAUAAUUUCCUGUAUAAUUUUCUCCAUAAUUUCUCCAUCAUGUCUCCAUCAUGUCUGCAUCAUUUCUGCAUAAUUUCCUCCAUAAUUUCUCCACCAUUUCCGCCAUCUCCCUUUUCCUGCAAGGAGAAGCCGCAGCUGGGUCGGAGAAAUGCGGGUUUGAGGUCGGGGGAGGCUUUUGCCGUUUUGAGGAUGAGAAAAAUAGGGGAGAAAACACACAGAGACCUUUUUUUUUGGCGCAUUUAACCCAAAAAACUCUUUAGUUUAGGUCGUUUUUCGGGAGAUAAGGGGGUCAUCGCAGCUCCCUGGUGGUCUAGUGGUUAGGAUUCGGCGCUCUCACCGCCGCGGCCCGGGUUCGAUUCCCGGUCAGGGAAUGACGUUUUGUUUUCGCUAAAAAAAAAUUAAUUUUUGGGAAAAAUCUGUUUAAGGAUCUCCUAACCCCCAAAACACGCCUUUUCUCCUCUUUUUUACGCCUCUCCUUUCCCGCGAGACGCCCCCUUCCAGCUGCUCCUGAGAAAUGAAUAAAUAAAUAAAUCAAUAAGCAAUAA